GGACGUCUUAACGCUCUCCAUCUCCCUAAGGUUCCUGGUCCGCUGACGGCCGAGUUGGAGUCCAAGAAGACGGACAAGAAAAGGGCUCAGAAAGCAGCCAAGAAAACCAGGGAGAAAGAACAGAAAGAACAGAGGAAGAAACUAGAGAUGGAGGCUGAGGAGAAGAAAAGAUUUGCCUCCUUAAGCGAUCGAGAGAAGAGAGCACAGGCUGCAGAGAAGAGGUUGGCAGAGCAUCAGGCCUCGACAGGGGGAGACCUUUCAAACACCAGGCGGUGUUGGCAGUGUGGGGAGUCCCUGGUGGGAAAGGUCCCGUUUCAAUACCUAGACUUCAGCUUCUGCACCCCUCGCUGUGUCCAGGAGCACCGCAAGGCUAAUGUGGCCAACAGAAGCAGGGCAGGAAACUGACUUUCAUGUUGCUACCGCCACAACCCUACCAUACUGUUGCCACUUCACUAUAGAAGCCUCAGGCCUACGAAUCUAUUGGUUGGUGGGGACAGAGCACGCAGACCCAGAGACCUAACUGAACCAAGCCACAGACCUCAGUCAAUCUGCAUCUUGAUGUUGCCCAUCUGAUAGGAU